CCUAAAAAAGAAAAAAAAUCCUAAAUCGCGACUUCUCUACCGACCCAUACAAGUUCAAAUUCUACUUUUUCUUCUUCAUCUUCAUCAACGAUUAAGAGAAGCAAGAACUGAAUCAUCUCUAUUCUAAUCUGUGUUUUCCUUUGUGGAACGUACCUGAGGCGUGUGAUCUGGUGGGUGCCGAUAGAAGUCGCGUUGCCUUGUUGAUCAUAUAUCAGGGGAAUAGCUGUUGUGGAUACUAUGAAUAAUUCUUCUGCAGGACCCUCUUCAAAAGCAAGAGUAGGGGCAUCCCAACAAUCAGAAACUUCCUUCAAACGCAAGCGGGGAGUUUUUCAGAAAGAUUUGCAGCAUAUGAUGUAUGGUUUUGGAGAUGAUGCCAAUCCGCUUCCAGAAACUGUAGCAUUGCUUGAAGACAUUGUUGUGGAGUAUGUCACUGAUAUGGUGCAUAAAGCUCAAGACACUGCUACUAAAAGAGGAAAACUUCUCACAGAAGAUUUUCUGUUUUUAAUCCGAAAGGAUAUGCCAAAAUUGAACCGAUGUACUGAACUCUUGACUAUGAACGAAGAGCUGAAGCAAGCGAGGAAAGCCUUUGAGGUUGACGAAGAUAAACUGGCAACUGUUGAGUAGUUGUUAUACUUUCAAAAAACAUCCAUUGAUGCUCUUGUAUUUUCUUUACAACUCAGAAUUAGUUUCCAAAAUAACUGCAUGCUUUCUUAUGUAUUUUCUUUAUGAGUCGAUGAUUGAUACUCUACAUUAAUGCUAAAAGGAAAGGGUUUGAUAAUCUGAUUGUA